AACAAAGAACACAAGCACUGAAGCACCGCCCCGCUGCCACGUCACUUUCUCUUCCCCAAAUCCACAACCAAAACCCUUCGUCCCUCUCGCCUCUCCCGCCCGUUCUCUCCCCCCAAAUCCUCCACCAUUUCUAGGGUUUCUCCAAUCCGACGCCAUGAACGUCUUCCGCCUCGCCGGCGACAUGACCCAUCUCAUCAGCAUCCUCAUCCUUCUCCUAAAGAUAUACGCCACCAGAUCCUGCUCUGGGAUUUCGUUGAAGACGCAGGAGCUGUAUGUGAUUGUUUUCGUAGCGCGGUACUUGGAUCUGUUUACGAGUUUCAUCUCGAUCUACAACAGCGUGAUGAAGGUGGUGUUUGUUACCUGUUCGAUCGGCAUUGUUUGGUGCAUGCGUUUUCAUCCACUGGUUCGGAGGACCUAUGACAAGGAGCAGGAUACGUUUCGGCACUACUUCCUCGUUGCGGCGAGCUUUGUCCUCGCGCUGCUUUUUCACGAUAGUUUUACCGUCAGGGAGGUAUUUUGGGCAUUUUCCAUAUAUUUGGAGGCUGUUGCAAUCCUUCCUCAAUUAGUUUUGCUACAGAGAAGUGGAAACGUGGACAACUUGACUGGACAAUAUGUUUUCUUUCUCGGGGCCUAUCGAGCAUUUUAUAUCCUUAACUGGAUUUAUCGCUACUUUACAGAAAAGCAUUACAGUUGGUGGAUUUCAUGGAUCGCUGGUUUUGUCCAAACAGCUCUCUAUGCAGACUUCUUCUAUUACUACUUUAUCAGCUGGAAAAACAAUUCAAAGCUUCAGCUACCCGCUUGAAUUGGAUGAUGCUCAAAGUUUCUACUUUUCAAAAGAAAUAAAAUAGAUUAGCUCAUUUUGCCUGUUGUGAAGAUGGAAGAUUUGACACUGGAGAAAAACUUGAGAAGCAGAAUUUGGAGAAAAAUUGUUAAAAGUUGCUUGGUCUUGUUCCAUAGGAAAUCAAGGGAAGCAGGUUGUGUUCAGACACAGAGUUUCCAUAUAAUUUAUUAAAAGUUAAUUUGUUCGCAAUUCUAACCAUAGUUUGGUUUUGAAGUCAUGUAAACUGCACUUGCAACUACUUACAUCUUCAUGUAUUAUUAUUUGUUAAAAAAUUGAAUUGGACUGUCGUAACACGUGCAUGAUU